AAAAAUCAAUUAUUCACUUUCGGGAAAAAUCGAUUAGCAUUUUCCUCCUUGAUGGGCCGAUAUCCAGAGGACGGCCCAAAUGAACCAUUUGAACAGCUUCGGGUCAAGCACCUGUGAAAUACUCAAGCUGGGCCGGCCCAAGGAGCUGGGCCUAGUUAACCUCAGGCCAAGCGCAGCUGGCAGAGUCAAUCCGGAGAAGGAGACAGAGCUGAUGGGCCGUUACGGAGCCGGGAAAAGGGGAUCGCGCCCUUGGCGGGAUAGACUCCAUCGGGGGAGAACAGCACCACCGGAGGCCGGCACCCCCCCCAUCACCACCGGGGAGGCUGAGGCCCUCAUUCAGAGGGUUGGGAUCACGGCCGAACAAUUCAAGGAGGUGCUGGCCGCACUUGCGCCCAACCGCGAGGUUGUGGUAGGAGAUGUGGCUAGGGGACCCACAGGCGAGAAGGCUGGACCUGCAGGCUCCCAAGGAAAAAAGAAAAAAGUGAGGCGGUCCCAAAAGAAGAAGGCGACCAAGCCUAAUGGGAAGGCUAUGAUGGCAGAUGCGCUUUCCAGGCUGGAAGAAGAGGACGAGUCGUCCUCCUUCGAGCGGAUGUCUGCUUUUGACCGUUUGGGAGACCCCAAGUCGAAGAAACCUCGGACCUCUGCGUUCGAAAGGCUGCAGGACACUCGGUCGGCCCGAAAAGGCGACUUGAGAGACACGCUCAAGAAGAAGAGAGGGGAGUCCACAGCGACCUCCAAGGCGGUCUUCAGUGAGGUAACGCCGUUCUCCAGAAGGAUAAUGUCCUGCCCUCUCCCAGAUAAUUUCAAGACUCCCCAGAUCAAGGCAUACAACGGGACGACCGAUCCCCAAGACCACCUCGCUCGCUUCGGGGCCAACGUGGUCAUGUACGCAUAUCCAGAAGAAAUCAAGUGUCGGUGCUUCCUGGCGACACUGGAAGGGCAGGCUUGUGAGUGGUUUCACAAGUUACCCAAGGGGUCGAUAGAUAAGUGGGGCGACCUGGCCCACAAGUUCUUGGAGCACUUCGCAUCCAGCCGGAGACAAAAGCUCCCCUUCUCGCAUUUGCUCAAUGUGAAGAUCCGGAAGGGGGAACAGCUCCGGGAGUUCAUUAAUAGGUGGGAGAAGGAGGCUAGGGAUGUCCAAGGGGCGGACGACCAAGCCCUGAUCGCCAUGCUNGGGGAGUCCACAGCGACCUCCAAGGUCGGUUCUGAGGAGCGACGGACGACAGUCGGGGAUAAGGGCGCAGCCGAGCUGUGGAAAAUGUACGAACAACUGGAGAAGCGGCUGGAUGCCCAGAACCCCUAUCGCCAGGCGGUCUUCAGUGAGGUAACGCCCUUCUCCAGAAGGAUAAUGUCCUGCCCUCUCCCAGAUAAUUUCAAGACUCCCCAGAUCAAGGCAUACAACGGGACGACCGAUCCCCAAGACCACCUCGCUCGCUUCGGGGCCAACGUGGUCAUGUACGCAUAUCCAGAAGAAAUCAAGUGUCGGUGCUUCCUGGCGACACUGGAAGGGCAGGCUUGUGAGUGGUUUCACAAGUUACCCAAGGGGUCGAUAGAUAAGUGGGGCGACCUGGCCCACAAGUUCUUAGAGCACUUCGCAUCCAGCCGGAGACAAAAGCUCCCCUUCUCGCAUUUGCUCAAUGUGAAGAUCCGGAAGGGGGAACAGCUCCGGGAGUUCAUUAAUAGGUGGGAGAAGGAGGCGAGGGAUGUCCAAGGGGCGGACGACCAAGCCCUGAUCGCCAUGCUCCAAGCUGCACUCCCCCAAGGGGAUGUGCGUAAGGAGCUGCGACGGAAUCCUCUCUCGGCCUAUCAAGAGAUGUUGGCCAGGGCGAAGUACCUGGCGCUGGAAGAGGAAGAUGAUGAGCCACCAGUCCGGAAGGAGAAGAAAAGCAGGCCACCGGUGGCAAAAGGAAAGAAAAGGAAGGAUUAUGGUAAGGGACCGAACCCCACCGGGUAUCAUGCGAACAGGCAUCCCGUUCACGCGGUACAGUCGUUUCCGGCCCCUCCUCAUGGUCGGGAAAGCUAUGGUGUGCAAGAUGCACCCAAAUACUGCGAGUACCACCGUAACAGCACCCAUAACAUGUCGGAGUGCGUUACGCUGAAGAAGGAGAUGGAUCAGCUGAUCGCUAGAGGGCCACCUCCUCGGUCAGAGCGACCGUCCACAAGUAACCGGACCUGGAGGAGGCCGCCAGCCCCCACGGCAGCGAUCACAGCAGAAGAGGGGCAAGAAGAUGGACGGCGGCACCUAGGGCGAGAUUGUGAUGACCUAGAUGAGAAGGAGAGGCAAGGUCGCCGACACCUGGGGUGUCGGUCACCGCUACCUAAGCGAAAGAAGAAGGAACCUCUGAUCUUUGACGAGGAUUAUCCCCCAGUCCUCAGCCCUCACAGGGACGCUCUGGUGAUAAGAGUGGAGAUCAAUAAUGUGGUUGUUCACCGAACCUUGGUCGAUACGGGCAGCUCGGUCAACGUAAUGUACAGCAACACCUUUAAGGAGUUGGGAUUGCCCCGAAGCGACCUGAAACCAAUCCAUACGCCGCUGUCAGGAUUUACAGGGGAUACUAUCGAAGCAGAAGGAACUAUCACGGUAAAGGCCGGGGUAGGAGAUGGCACCCACCGACUCUGGGUCGACAUGGAAUUUAUGGUAGUACAGCUCGACUGUGCACACCAUCUGAUUCUGGGACGACCAGGGUUGGAGGACCUGGAGUGCGUAAUCUCCCCCGUCCACUUAUGCCUAAAGUUCAACACUCCCACAGGGGUGGGAGUAGCAAAGGGUAACCAGAGCCUGUCACGAUCGUGCUAUGUCAGGGCGACCAAAAGCCAAGCCCGAGUCGACGAGAAUGUGAGCACGAUCUGUGCGGCGAUCCAGAAGGAGGAGGGGCGACCCCGAGCUGAGCCGGCGGAAGAGGUCGAGGAAGUUUCUUUGGACCCGGUUGAGCCCGAGCGGAAGUUGAAGGUAGGCAAAACCUUACCGCUUGAAUUAAAGGAGCAGUUAUUGGAGGUCCUCCGAGCAUUCAAGGUGCUAUUCGCUUGGGGACAAGAGGAUAUGCCAGGGGUCGACCCAAAAAUCAUCUGCCAUAGAUUGGCAGUGGAUCCGACCCACAAGCCGGUCAAACAGAAGAAGCGUUUCCUUUCCGCAGAACGGAGAGAGUUUGUCACCAAGCAGGUGACCACCCUGCAGUCCAUUGGGCACAUCCGGGAAGUCCGCUACCCGGAAUG